AUGACUCCGAUUCAAAUUCCAGUCAAUGACACCCUCGAGACGCUUCAGAAUGUUCUUAAACGGCGGAGAGAAGCUCAAGAGGUAGAACAGAGAAAAGUCCUUAGCGGAGGAGAUUAUCAACAGAUAGAGGAUAAUUAUAACAAGACAGCAUUUAUACCACCCCUUAAUGCCAACAAUACAAAGGCUAGUAUAUACUACACCAGAUUGAAAUGGACCAGCUGGAUCUGUGAGGAAUAUAUCGUGCCCAAGCUAGAAAGGGGGAAGACUAGGAGAAGGAAGUCAGUUAAUCAGUAUUGGCGAGAUUUCAAGAUACUCUACCGUCGUGUCAAUGGCUCUUAUGUUAAUGCAAAUGACUCCCACGAAGUCGUCAAGUUUAUUAAUAGUCAACUCAAGAUCAAGUAUAAGUUAGAUAACACGCCGAAGCCCAAACUAGUAGCAGGGGCAGACACACUGCUCCUACUUUUGGUCUAUCUUUGGGCCCGUGAUCAGUCUAUAUUCCGGACAGAAGGCGAUCGUCUAGACUUUGCGUGUACGACGCUAUUCCAAGCUUACAUAGGCGGUCGACCUGCCGAGUUCGUUCACGCGUCGAAAAGUACUACUAGCCAAGAUCCUCUUAGCGAAAAGGAAAAGACCCCUAGAUUGGAGCACUAUCAACCGUCUAUCCAUCCUAAUCAGCCCGAUAGCGACUAUUCCGACUAUGAAGAUAAUAGCGAGGCAGGCGAUGAGAUCCCCGACGAGGAUCUCUUCGAUGACUACACGAUCCCCUUAGACGAGGAUGAGCGACUCUCUAAUAAUAAUAAUGAGACAGACAAUGAAAGGGUUAUUAAGGAUAAUAGAGACAUCUUCAUAACAGAAGAUGAAAUGGAGAGCUUUGCGAUAGAGGCCGAGGAAGUGAGCAGCCCGGUCGUACGGAGCGUUUAUGUCACGCCGCUGGCUGGGUCUAACGAGGAAGUACGGGAGACGAAAGCAAUCUGUUACGAGGACAUCUGCCUCUAG